AUGGACGCUCCAAAGCGCAAGAGAGACGACGACGGCACUGUCGUAACAUUCUACACAUCUAACAGGACAUUCCAGAGGGUUUACAAGGGACAGUCUCUGGAGGAGACGAAAACAUUGGUGCGCACGAAGCUUGGUCUCUCGGAGGACGCGUCAAUCCGGUUCUCUCGACUACACGAAGGGAGACAUAUCGAUCUGGAGGAUGACGAUGAUUUUGAAGCCUUCCGCCAUCUUGCGCGAUACGUGACGACUCUUGACGUGUCCGUUUUUAUCGGUAACGGCGAGCCUCCCAUAUUUUCUCAGCAACCCUUGGCAGAGGCCGUGUCCACAUCGCGAAAACGACAGAAGGCUGUCGGCCAGCGUUUGUCCAUCGCUCACUCAGAGCCAGCGUCGGGACGAAGUACUCCUUCCUCAGCUACAGCCCCUCGGCCUUCCAGUUCCACCCUGGAUGGCCACGGCGUUCCCCAGAAGAAGCGGAAACGCAGGGAAGAGCCGCAACCUCGCAAUAAAGACGCAUCUGAUGCGCAAUCUAUUCAGCAAGAGCCCGAGGCAGGUCCAUCAAAGCCUUCGAAGAAGAACUCGGGAAAGCAUAAGUCUCCUGCACCCGUUCUAGGAUCCAAGCGCAAACGCCACGACUCUCCUGAGGCUUCGGCAGCUCCCAGCGAUCGUCCCACAACGCCCCCUCCACCUACCCUGCAGCCUACAUCGCGUCCGGCUUCUCCAUCCUAUCCGACCAGGAAGAAGCAGAAGAAAGAGAAGCGUUCGCUGCCCACAGAUGAGGCUAUCAAUACCACGGACGACUCGUCCGCGCCUUCCUCCAAGCCCGACCGGAAGGGCAAGCGGAAAGCCGACGCGAUCGCGGAGUCAGCUCAAUCGAUUUCGCGUACGACUGAGGUAAACGAGAUCCACGGAGGCGAGACCGCCGACACUGAAGACAACGUCCUCACGGACAAACCUGCAAAGAAGGCGAAAGGAGAGAAGCAGGACAAGGACAAGAAGGACAAGAAGAAGGUCGUCGCCGAGGAGACUCCGUCAACGGACUUGGAGGAGGCGUCCGCGCCCUCCGCAGAGUCGUCCAAGAAGAAGCGGAAACGUAGGGUGACUGAAGGACCCAUAGACGUUGCAGUCGCCCCUGCCGCCGCGGUCGAAGUGAUUGACGCGACGGCUGCUCAACCAGAAUCGUCCAAGGUUACAUCAAGUACGGAUGCGCCAGCCCUGAAGAAGGACAAGAAGAAGAGCAAGAAGGGGAAGGAAGUGGAGAAGGUCGCGGAGCCUGCCAGUCUGGAGGAAGGACCUUCACCAGACGGUGUAGCAACGGUUGAACCCGCGCCUUCUGUGGUGGUGAAGAGGAAGCGAACAUCGAAGAGCAAGGCUCUUGAGUCGACGAACGAUUCGCUUGAAGGUUCCGAAACGACGACCCUCCCUAUCGAAGCAUCCGAAUCAGGCCCUUCCAGCUUUCCAGAGGCCGUUACGCAGGUACAGCAGAAGGAGAAGAAGAAACGGAGAAAGACUGUAUCAGCAGAUACUUCCGUUGAUCCAGACGCAUCUACCGUGUCCUCAGCUGCUGUGUUAGAAGCGGAUGCAAGCCAGACGGCUGAGGCGGCGUCGUCCUCUGUUCAAAGUGCGUCGAUUGCUAAGAAACGGGGAAGGAAAAAGAGCGUUGCUCCCGGCCCAUCGCAAGCGGCAGAAAGCUCUGACUCGGCAUCAGCAAUUGCUGCUAUCCAGGCCGCAGUGAAAGCGGUGCUGGCGAAGAACAUGAUUGCGGCCGCGCCUCCAGCCCCGGUCCCUGCAGCUCCGGAGCCUGCGCCAGCGCCUGCACCCGAGCCUGUCCUGCCUACUCGCAAGCGGAAAGCUGGGAAGUCGAAGCUGCGGCAGGCGUGGGGCCCCGAGGACAUCUCAGUCGACGACCAGUCCUCCGUUUCCGUCGCAGCCAUCCAGGAAACUGACCUUUCCCUGGGGCAAAGCGCGACCGCUCUCAGUCCCGGCGAACCCGCCCAGGUCGUGUAUAAGGCUGCCGAAGGGAAGAAAGCCCGUCCAUCCAGCGCACCAUCGUGUCCGAUAUGCGACAAGGCAUCUGUGCACUCGCGCGCUCAAUGCCCUGUUGUGAAGGGUGGUCCGGAGUUUAUUCGCAAACGCAUCGCGCAGCUGCAGGAAGAGGGACACGACGACGAGCUCAUCGACGAGCUCGAGGUACUCCUCAAGGAGGCACAGCGCCGACGCAAGAGUGCGGGGGAUCGCCUUGCGCCCCUCCAGAUCCCUUCGGUAGCUGCGACCAUAUCCGAAGAGUCCACCCCAUCUCCUGUGUUCCCGCUCAGCGCUGCAUCGUUCGCUGCACGUCCAUCACCCCUCCCCCGCGUACCCGCUGGCUCCGAGAUAUCAGAAGUCGCGGUCGAGAGCAAAGACGAGGGGAGCAGCAACGAAAGCUCAAGCUCCGACGAGGACGAGGACGCCAUAAAUUCCGAGGCCCCUAAGGCGGCAUCCGUACCUUUCGCAUCCAACAGCGUGCGAGGCGCUGAUCUCGGUUCGAUCGACCUCGAGGCACUCCUUCGUGGUCCCGUCAAAUCGCAUGCCAGCGUCCUCAGUCAAAUCCCGUCCUCGUCGACGACAGAAGACGAUGGCGGGUCCUCUGACGAGGACGCGCGUCAAGAUUCGGACGUCGAUCUAUCAGAAGAGGACAAGGACGAUCUCGCCUAUAGACGGCUGUCGCGCAAGCUCGAGCGCGCCGCGGUCUCGUCGUCCGAUGAAGAACACGAGCCUGACGCCGAGGCUGGCGACGCCGACGCCGACACAGAAGACUCUGCGGCCGAUGCGCAGCCCGAGCAGGAGGCAGACGUCGAGGGAGCGAACGACAACGAUACCGAAGACACUGCGGUCCAGGAUGAGCAAGAUGAGCAGCUCGACGCCCCCGAUGCCAAGGAUGCUACGGACCAGGGGUACGAGAGUGACGCGGAGGAUGUAGCAGCGCCUCAGUCCCCAGUGCGUGAGGUGGAGGUGCUGGACCAGAACUCGGAGGAGUCUGAGUCCGAGACAGAGGAGCCUUCGACGCACCGAGGUGACGGCAGCCGUGUCGAGCCUACCGCCGACGUUGACGAAUCCGGUUCCCUCUCACAGGAACAUCCUGUACAGUUGGCUGAGGAGACGGAAGCACCCGAGUUGGAGACGGGGCCUGCUGCAGAUGAUGAGGCGUCGGAGGAUGAGGACAUCCGCGUAGAGGCAACAGAGGAGGCGAACAAGAACGCCGAUGAGCCGGCUUCCGACGACUCAGCGUCUGAGGACGAUGAGGAGGUUGAGAAAACCACUGCCCUCACCGCCUCCGCGGCGCGCGCGCUUUCUCCCGAAGCGGGCGAGCAACAAUCCAACUCGAAUCUGGAAGUCGAGCAAGAGCCAGAGCGAACCCCAUCUCCUCCACCCCUCCAGCAGCCCGGACCCGGCUUCGUCCAUGCAGACGUCGACAUGCCUGCGGACACCAGCGCACACGCGAGCUCUAUCGACCUGCACCCAGGCGAGGAUCCAUCCGACCCAAUCGAGUCUCUCGGCUCCUUCGCAGAUGUCUCCGAGCGCCGGCGCGCACUCGAUGACGACCCUAUCGAGGAUACAGAUGCCGAGAACGAGGCCGUUCAAUUACAGGAUACGGCCACUCGCGCAUCGGCGGAGCUGGCUGGACUACAUGAAGGCACCCCUCCGCCCGCAGUACAUCGCACCCCUGGGACGGUGUCGCGCAUGAAGGACCGGUACGGGCGACUUGGGCACGGGUCUCCCUCUACAAUGUUGCCGAGCUUGUCACAGCAGCUACUUGGCUCCCUUGAGUUGCCACAGCUUGAGGUGGACGUCAAGAUGGAUGCUGACGGCGAUGAGGAAGACGCUGUGCCCGAGCAGGCGCAUUAUGAUGAGGAUGAGCCUCAGCAGGAAGCCAAGGCACACGAAGCGGACGACGCCGAAGCCUCUAGUGGUCAUUCUCAGCAGACUCAAGAUGAGGAAGCGGACGAGCCCCAGGAGCUCGAGACAAGACCGCGGCGCACAACCCGCGUCACGCGGCGCGUCUCUGCAAUGACUCGUUCGUCCUCUGUUCCCGAGCCCCCGGCCUCCACCCCUACGCCUGCACCCGCCCCGCCGUCCACUGCGCCUGCUGCUGCGGCCGCUCCUAAGCGUCGAGGUCGUCUCACUCCAGAGGAGAAAGCCGCACGUGAGGCCGAGAAGAAGGCUGAGCGCGACCGCAAAGCUGCAGAGAAGAAAGCCGAGCGGGAGGCAAAGGCUGCUGAGAAGAAGGCGGAGAAGGAAGCAAAGGAGGCUGCGAAGCGCGCCGAGAAAGAGGCGAAGGAGGCGGCUAAGCUAGCAGCGAAGGAAGAGAAGGAGGCACCGAAGAGGGGCAAGGGGCGCGCGACGAGGGGAAAGGCUGCUUCGGCCAAACCGAUCUCGACGCGUUCACGCGCUGCUGCAAGUGUGGAGAGCGAUAAGCCCUUUGAAGAUGAACACGCUCAGGAACAGGACCACGACGCGUCCGGAGAGUCGUCAACGGCCGCCGCCGCGUCAACCCCAGGAUUCUCCAAGGUUUCGUGGACCACGCUCCCUGCUACACAGCCGCGGACACAGACCGAGUCCGUAGCUGAUGCCGAGUCCUCUAUGUUGGACGAACUCCAACCGAGCAGCCCGGAGCGAUCUGUGGCUCGUACUUCACGUUCCCCCGAGCCCAUCUCGCGUACCACCAACACCACCGAGAAGGAGGAGGCGGAUGUUUCGCGCGAAGUGACCAUCACUCAAGAUCGUGUCGCUGAAGAAGAAGACGACAGUUUGCCUACUAUGACCCCGAAACCUCACGGACGUGGGAAGGAGCCGCUGUUCAUCCCUUCAAGCAGCCAAUACCCCAACACACCGUUUCCCGAGGACGGCCUCCCAGAGAGCACCCCGUACGGCAACGGUCGCGCGCUCGAAGACGUGAGCGAAAGCGACGCAGACGUUGAUGAAGUACCUGCCGACCUCGAGGGCACUGUGCGGAAGCAGGCGAAGGGUCGCCCGAGGGAGUGGUUGACAACUGCACCGUAUCGUCGCCUCUCCGAUAUCGCGAGCCAGCAGCUGUUCCCGGCGUCGCAGAUCCCGUCGCCCAUGCUCUUUCCCGCGUCACAGUCGCAGCCGCGCAAGAGCAGUGCGGCGUAUGGUCGCCGGGAGGAGGAAGACGAUGAUGAUGACGACGAGUCCCACGACGGUUCUAGUUCCGGAUCGGACUCUGACGCAGGAAAGAAGAAGUCACACAUCCCGCAGGAGCGGCGUGCGGGUGCUGGAGUGCAGAAGAAAAAGAAGACCUUGCUUUCGUAUGCUUAA